AUAAGAAGAGGGAAAGAAAGAAGCCAAAGGUAAAGAGAUACGGUUGGAAAUGGAGGAAAGAUCAUGGUUUGUUAGAAUGAGAAUGGCAAUAAUGGUGGCAAUGGUAGUAAGUAUGAGGGGGGCCUCAGGGGAGGAGGGUCUGGUGUUGAAUUAUUACAAGGAGAGUUGCCCACGGGCAGAGGAAAUAGUGAAGGAGAAGGUGCAAGAGUUGUACAAUAAGCAUGGGAAUACAGCCGUAUCUUGGCUCAGGAACCUCUUCCACGAUUGCAUGGUCAAGUCAUGUGACGCUUCGCUUCUACUGGACAGCGUGGGAAGCGUAUCAUCAGAGAAAGGGUCAGCUAGGAGCUUCGGUAUGAGGAAUUUUAAAUAUGUUAACACCAUCAAAGACGCCUUAGAGAAGGAGUGCCCCAAAACCGUUUCAUGUGCUGACAUCGUUGCUCUUUCAGCCCGAGAAGGUGCGCUCAUGCUUGGAGGACCUAAUGUUCCUAUGAAGACUGGGCGACGAGAUAGCAGAGAAAGUGAAGUGGAUGUAGUAGAACAGCACAUUCCCAAUCACAAUGAUAGCAUACCCUUUGUGCUCUCACGCUUCCAAUCCAUUGGCAUCAACACUGAAGGAACUGUGGCACUCUUAGGAGCACACUCUGUAGGGAGAGUUCACUGCAAAAAUUUGGUGGGGAGGCUAUACCCUGAGAUCGAUCCAAGCCUCGAUCCCAAUUAUGCCAUAUACCUCAAAGGCAGGUGCCCCUCACCUAACCCUGACCCGCGUUCAGUGGCUUAUGCAAGGAAUGACAGAGUUACACCGAUGAUAUUGGAUAAUGAAUACUACAAGAAUGUUCUGGCUCACAAGGGCUUGUUGCUUGUGGACCAGCAGUUAAUCUCCCACCCUGAGACCGCACCUUUCGUAGAGAAGAUGGCAUCAGAUAAUGAGUACUUCCAUGGCCGAUUCUCUACUGCCCUGCUUGUGUUGUCUGAGAAUAACCCCCUUACUGGAGAUCAAGGAGAGGUUAGAGUCGAUUGUCGCUUAGUUAACAAGGAUGGCUAAUCACUCCCUUCACAAUACCUAUUUUCAUAUUAUUCGGUAUGUUCUCUUUUGUUUCUGUUAAGAAAGCAUGGUUACUGGAGUACUGGGGCUUCAUGGGACUUCAUCCAUGUUAGUGUUGAUCUUGGAUUUGGUUCUCUAACUUUGAAUUACUAGAAUACAUGUAUGAAUCCAUCUCUAAUAGGCUAGUUAGGUACCAAUCCCUUUAGGGAGUAUGCUUAUUUAUGGACUUUCUACAUGUUACAAAUUAGUGCUUCUCUAAUGGCAGUAGUAAGUUAUCCAUCUCUGUAGCAGAAUUGGUUAAUGUUAAAUGUUUUGAACGCUUAACAUC